CAACGGUGGAUACAGUGUCAUUUCAGGUCUUUUGCAUUGUAAACGCGAGUUUUUUACAGUUUAGCCUUGUAUUCGGGAAAUAACGAACUUUCGCGCCUACGUCACAUCCGCUCUUCUCCAAGCACAUCCUUUGGGGGAGUGAACAGUGGACGGAAGCGGUUUAAGACUGCAUGGGAGACGUGCUAACAUGACAGAGGGGUCAACCCACGAUACUGAAAUUUAGAAUUCGUCCUUCACGAAAUUAGACACGCCUCCUUUAUCCCGAGUGGACUCCGAAGGUCAACUCCGAAGGAACACAUGAAGAAGCAAAAGACUCCCGCCCGGUUCGGGUGCUCGAACUGCACCUUUCAAUCCCGCACAGAGGGUGGCCUCGCACGGCACAUCCAGGACUUCCACAAUAUCUGCUGUGAGAUCUGCAAGACCAUCCACGACUCCCCCGGCAGCUACGUCGCUCACGUCCAGAAGGUCCACAAUAGCGAGAAGUUCGCCCGUGAAAUAUGUGAAAAGUGCGGGAAGCAGUUCCUGACCAGGCAGAGUUUGAAGAAUCACAUGGAGUCGAAUUGCGGGACAAGGAAGCGUUUCAAGUGCGAUGUGUGCAAUCAGAACUACUCGAGCAGAGUAACCCUCGCCGCUCACAAACUGAUCCACUCCGGGGAGAAGCUGUACACCUGCGACUACUGCGGCAAGCAGUUCAUCAGCCAAGGGGAGCUGAAGGUGCACGAGAGGAAGCACACCAAGGAGAAGCCUUUCAAGUGCAAUACCUGCCACAAAGCCUUUCCAUACCGCGAAAGCCUCGUGACGCAUAUGUCCGUCCACACCGGGAUCAAGCCAUACAUUUGCGAAAAUUGCGGGAAGACCUUUUCUUGCGUCGGAAAUCUGCAAAAGCACCGACGAGUUAGGCCGUUCAGCUGUGGUUUGCCGGAAUACUGCCAGCAGUCCAAGCGCAUCGCCCCGCGGACCAAGACCAAGAGGCUUAGGAGAGGAUCAGACACAACUGCCGCAGAUGAAGGGAAUAAAUUCAAAGUCGAAUAUUUAGAUGAAAACAUCGACGAAGUCGAACCGGUAGAUUUCCUCCAUAUUUUGGACGAGGAGUCCUCACAAGUUCCAAUGGAGCUGGAUAAAUCGGACGAAAGUCAUAGUAACAUAAAAAUCGAGAGACUUGACCUGACUGAAGCCAAUAUCGAGGAAUCCUCCAUGAAUGAUGAUGAUUCCCACUUCUCUGGAGACUGUGACUCGCAGUCCGAAGAACAAACCCCGGAUCCGAAUACAAGUGAUGAACACGUUGACUACGAUGCUGACUUCGAACAAUAUGCCGUGCAGCUUCUGGACGAGAUCGAUGGAGACUCCACGGAAAUGGACGUUAACAUGUUAAAGAACGGCGAAGACGCUCCAGUUGCGUUAUCCCCUGAAAAUGUAACUAAAUACUUAGCCGAAGAUACCGCUCUCAAUGCAUGGAAAGCUGAACCAACAGCGACCCCUGAAGACACCGAUUUGGAAACAGAAACUUACUUGGCCGAUGGCAUAGAAUGCGAUUCCAUGGAAGAAGUUUACGGAUGUCCUUCGUGCUAUUCCGACUUCAAAACAACCAACUUGCUCAUCGAACAUUUGCAAUCUGAGCACAAUUUGACGGACGAAAUUAUCGAACAGCAUUUCCAAACGGACGGGACCGAGUUAGCAUGCCCUCAGUGCGGUAAAAAAUUCCACCUCCAAUACCUGUUCGAGAAACAUUUAGAGGUUCACGAAAACAGCCCCCAAAUAAUUUCCAUUGAAAUAACAAAGGAGGAGUCGGAGAAACCAAUCAUCAAAACAAAAUCGAAAGACAAAAUUCUGGCCGGAACGGACUUCAUCUGUCUGAAGUGUGGGAAAAAAUGUUUCAGUCGAUCUGCUUUCCGCGAACAUGAAGCUUCGAAUUGCGGUGAAACGCGACGUUACAAAUGUGAUAUUUGCAAUAAAUUUUACUACAGUCUGGGCUCCCUGAAAACACACAAAACUGUCCAUACCGGGGAUCUGCCGUUCUUAUGCUCGUAUUGCGGGAAGAGUUUUCGAACCAAAGGAGAACACGCGGUGCAUUCACGGAAACAUACCGGCGAGAAACCGUUCAAGUGUCAUAUUUGUCCGAAAAGUUUUCCCUAUCGUCAGAGCCUUGUUACGCAUAUUACAACGCAUACCGGAGAGAAGCCGUUUCAAUGUGGCUGCGGACAGAGUUUCUCGUGUGUUAGAAAUUUACUAUCGCAUCGAAACACAUUCAAUGCAACAUGCGGACAGUUACCACUGCAAACAAAACCCGUAAUACAAAUAGGAGUUAUAAAAGGACAAUUAUAUGUUGGUGAAAAGUCAGAAUAAAUAUUUUUAAUAGUCA